GAAGUUUACCUAAUAGUAGACGAAAAAUAGAAUCAGAAAUUAUGCGAUUUAUGAUGCAAAGUUCACAAAUUGAACGAAAAUUCAAUAUGUUACCAUUAAAUCAUCAAAGUAUAUUUCAAAUACUCAAUUUAGAAAAUGAUCAAUCUGUUGAUAAAAGCGAAUCUUUUGAAAGUAAAGAAUUACAGGCAUUUUUGAAUAUAUCUAAAGAGUUAGUUUCUAGUGGAGUAACAGGAGCGAAAAUUUAUCCUAGAGAUUUUUUACCACCAAUAAAAAAGAUAUUAUACUAUCAAAUAACCUUUUGGACUUGCUAA